CCUGGCUAUUAGUGUUAUUAGCUACACUGACAUAUUAGUAGAGAGGACCCGUUGUAUGUAUGACCUGCACGCACCCACUCCUCGCAUUUCUCGCUCUCGGCCUCGUCGCCGGAGCUUAUGGCGCGUCACCGCCCGUCACCGUGUCCCUCCGGUCGUCUUUCAGGGCGGCCGACCCGCUCAUUGAGGCUCUUGAGACAGUAGCCAUGGAGGACGACUCCUCCCUCUUCUCUCUGCUGUCUGCCUUUCCUUUACAAGAUAAGCCAAGCACCCCACGUGACGCUCACACAUCUGUCGUGGAUCUUGCUUCCCCCCUGAUGGAUGUGUCUGCUCUUGCGUCCGUGAGGGCGCGGCUGGCUUUGCACGCGGCCAGCCCACGUCUGGCAGCAUCGGCAGAACAUUACGACCUACGACUAUCCAACAUUUCCGACAAAAACGACAGAUUGUCUAGCGUGGAAUGUGCAUCUUGGGUGGACUGGUACGGUCGAGUUGUUUGUGACGCAGACAGUCUCCUUCAGUUAGCCAAUGAUGGCGCAGGAAACGGAAUGCCUAGACCUAUAAGGUUGCCAUUCGACCACGUGCAUUCCGUCCACCAUUUGCUGGAUGAUCCUCAGUACACAGUCGUUCAUUACGCAGACCCUACGGCUCCCUCGUUUGCUUCGCUCCAUGCCACGCUUCUUAGUUUGGAACCCAAGGUCGAAUAUGUUCUUAGAUGGGGUAGAGGAACCAGUGAGAAGAAGACCAGCGAACUGUCCAGCUAUCUCUCGGGAUAUGGCGUCGCUCUGGAUUUAAAAAAGAUGGAUUACCUUGUCAUCGACGACAGGCAUUGGGGUGGUGGUGCAUCGGAUUCUUCUGGUAGUGAUGCCUCUCCAAGUAGCCAUGCAAGCACAAAAGAUAAGAAUUUCUCCGAGGAGGUCCUCAGCUGUGUCUUUGAGUCAUUGCCGUACGUUGACGAGCACGCAGAAGCAAGAGCCAAGGCUGGAGAACCCCUGUCUACACAAGAAAUAGCUGACCUUGGCCUAAAAGCUACCCAGUUUCUCGCUUCUUUUUCUGUUCAAUCCCGCAUGGGCUCAGUUCCCGCGCAUCAAUGCUGGGAUCAAUCCCCCUCUAUUGAAGCUCUCUUCCGGACACUCUCGUCUUCCUUCCCACUCUAUGCAACUUCCUUGGCACGCAAAAUACCUGUCUCUGACGAGUUGAGGGAUGAGGUACUCGAGAAUUGGGCGAAGGCUACUCCAGGAGCAAACAUGGUAUGGGUAAACGGCCGAGUCCUCAACGACGAUCAAGGCGCUUCCGGGAAUAUAUUCGGUAUUUUGCGCACCCUUCAGCGCGAGCGGAGGCUCGUUAAGUCAUUAGUUGGGCUGGGUUUGACACGUGAACAGGCGAUCGAACUGCUCAUGCAUCCGGUGUAUUCGUCGUCUCAAUCUGCGGGGUCCCACUUUGAGUCUCGCCAACGGCAGGGGGUUGAGGAAAACAAGGAACAGAAGAGAACCUUCACCAUCUCUCCAAAGUUUGCAGAAUUUCUCGAUGGACUUGUCGAUGCAAGCGAUAGGCAGGAAGGGGGAGACGUCGUUAUAUGGCUUAACGACCUUGAGAAGGACCCGAGAUAUUCGAGGGUCAGUCCAUCACUCGUAGGGCUCCUUCGUGUCCACGCCAUGUCGCUCUUCUCACCAGCUCUCCACGUACGAUACAACUUGAUGAACGUCGUGUUCGUCCUUGACCUGUCACAAUUGCGCUCUUUCUCCAUUCUCUCCAGUCUCCAUGACAAUUUUGUUAUGCGCCGAUAUCCUGUUCGGUGGGGCUUUGUCCCUGAAACCAGAGAAGGCCUGAAGAUGGCCCGAUUGUUGUAUUACAUUGAACGUAUCUAUGGAAGGGACACGAUGACGAGUUUCAUCCAGAGGCUCCUAGCUAUGCACAACCAACGCAGACUUAUAACGCUUUCCUGGGACGUAAUACAUGAGCUGUUCGACACCUUUGCUGCAGUCGAUGAUUUGGUGGCAGUAACUGGCGGUGUCGGGAGUUCCCUCGACGGACCUGCUGGGGGCGACCUUUUGUUCCGUGCACAGAGAUAUGCCAAGAGGUUGGGAGUGGGUGCUGAAGGGGAAAUUGGAAAAGGCCAUGUCUUCGUGAAUGGAAGGCACUUGUCUUUGAACGACAACGUUAUGCGUCAAAUAGCAAGUGAAGCUACAGCACAGCUACAAAUUUUGCAGGAGAUGGUCUAUGUCGGCGAGAUCACCGAUGUCGAUGGGCCAUCUUUAUCAACGUUCUUCUAUGACCUCCCGUCUACCGUGACGCGCCGCAAUCCCUACAUUUCAGUGCACUUCAAACCAGGGCAUAACCCCGAUAGCAGAGGUUUGGAAAUAUUCGAUCUGAUGGAAAUGUUCUCGAGCACAGGUUUCGCGCCGGGCGAGGGUGCCUUUGUUCUGCCCGCCAACGGUUGCGAUGGCGUUGUCCCGAUGACUAUGUAUAUCAUCGCUGACCUGGACACACCCCAAGGCAUCAACCUGGUAACGGAAGCGUUGGCGUUUAUUGCAAACACCGCCAACACACGCAUUACGUUUGUGCACAAUUCCGAAGUGGCUAAUUCAGGAGGUCGGGCUUCGAGCCUUUUGACUACCCUUACUCAAGCACGAGCUUUGUCACAUGUUUCCUCCGUCGACCUUCUUGCAAUAUUGGCCGGGGAUAACCAAGAAUCUGCGUACGAAUUGCUGCGGAAUGAACUAAUGGCCAGUAUCGCCACCACCGAGGCAGAGGUCUCUGGCCUCACCCAAGUGAUGCGCCUUGUAGCGCGACACUUGGGCCUCCAGCCUGGUGAACGUGCCGUACUAGUCAAUGGGCGGCUUGUUGGGCCAUUUGACUCGGAUUCGGAGUUCUUGAAAGAAGACUUUGAAACAUUGGAAACGUUCGAGAAAAAGAGACGUGUAAGUCAGAUUGUGGAUGCUCUUGAUGACAUACUUCGUGGAGGAGACAACCUUGAACGAUCCAAACGCUCAGAUCUGAUCGCUGUCACAUCGUCCAUUAUCUAUUCCGACCAACAGCCUGAUCCUAGUGAAGUUGGACUGUUCGACACUGCACCGAGACCACGAACCCAAAAUUAUCGGUUUCUCUCGGGGAAGUACACAAAGUUUACAUUUGGCAACCAGUCCGCGUCACUAACCCACCUUGCACUGCUACUGGAUCCUCUAAGUGAUGCAGCACAGAAGUGGUCGUCCGUCUUGGAGUAUCAUACCAGCCUGUUCCCGGAAGUCUGCAUCGAGCUGUAUCUUAAUCCAUCACAACUUUCAGAGAUACCUUUGAAACGUUUCUAUCGCUAUAAUGUUAUGCCGUCCCUGCAGUAUAACGAAAAUGGUCAGGAAAUACCCGCUCGAGUGAUGUUCACUGCACUACCAGAGGAACCAAUCUAUACCCUCGCAAUGGAUGUGCCACACUCGUGGCUAGUUCGCCCCCGGAGUGCUUUGUACGACCUCGAUAACAUUCAGCUAGGACUACUCCAGGGAGAAGAGCGUACUCGGGGUGUCCAGGCUCUCUAUGCCCUGGACUACCUCGUCGUGGAGGGCCACGUUUUUGAGCUGCACACCAACAAUCCACCACGUGGCGUACAAUUGCAGCUGAUUGACGUCGCUGAUCAGUCUGUAGUUGAUGAUACUCAAGUUGUAGCGAACCUCGGGUAUACACAGUUCAAGGCCCGUCCAGGGACGUUCCGUUUCGAGAUUCGACAGGGAAGGGGAAGGACGCUGUAUAGUCUAGACAGUGUCGGCGCCGAUGGUUGGAAUAGUCCACCGGUGGCCGAAGUGGGCGACGAAUUCACAGUUAUGGAUUUCGAUAGACUCACGUUAUACCCUCGACUGGCACGUUGGCCCGGCAUGGAGGGCAUGGACGUUCUCGAUGACUUGGAUCGUGUGGAAGGCGAGUCGGGCCUUAUCGACAAUUUGUUAUCCAAACUUUCGUCUUUCUUCAAGCCUGCAACCAACGAGAGCAUGGAAGUGACGAAGAAACCCGGUGAAACAGCAGAAAUCAAUAUUUUUACUGUGGCUUCGGGUCUACUUUACGAGCGCUUUGCAUCGAUCAUGAUCCUAAGCGUGCUGCGUAACACGAAGAGUACCGUCAAGUUCUGGUUCAUAGAGAAUUUCUUAUCACCCUCCUUUUUGGAGUUCAUACCUCAUAUGGCAGAAGAGUAUGGGUUCCAGUAUGAACUAGUAACCUACAAAUGGCCUUCCUGGCUUCGACCCCAAAAAGAGAAACAGCGAAUUAUAUGGGCUUACAAGAUCCUUUUCUUAGACGUGCUUUUCCCAAUGGACUUGAAGAAAGUCAUCUUUGUCGACGCGGAUCAAAUUGUACGUGCGGACUUGAAGGAGUUGGUUGAACUGGAUCUUCAUGGGGCUCCGUACGCCUAUGUGCCAAUGGGAGACGAUAAUUACGAGAUGGAAGGAUUUCGCUUCUGGAAGACUGGGUAUUGGCGUGACUUCUUGAAAGGUCGACCGUAUCAUAUCAGUGCACUAUACGUUGUGGAUCUUUCCCGGUUCAGACAAAUGGCCGCAGGGGAUAUACUUCGUGGGCAGUACCAGCUAUUAUCUGCAGAUCCCAACUCUCUCGCGAACCUGGAUCAAGACCUCCCAAAUAACUUGCAACGAGAAGUACCGAUUUACUCGCUACAUGAAGAUUGGUUGUGGUGUGAAACUUGGUGUAGCAAGGAUCGACUGCACCGAGCCAAAACCAUAGACCUUUGUCAAAAUCCGUUGACAAAAGAACCUAAGCUUUCACGUGCUCGCCAAAUUCCCGAAUGGGAGGAAUACGACGCCGAGAUUGCCCAAUUCGUUCGAAAACUCGCUGCGGAAGGAAAGAUUCACGGAGGCGCGUCAACCGCAGACAGCAAGAUUCUGGCUGGUGAUAGUGCGUCUGCGCCCGUACCACUCUCGAGUUCCCAGCAGGCAGAUAUAGCUGGCCCACCGAGAGCACACGAUGAAUUGUAAGGAGGCGUUGGCAAGUAGUAAGCCGUCAGCACGACAGAAAGUCUGCACGUAAACUGGAUCCUUGCCUGGACUCCGAUGUCAUAGCGCUCAAAUCCCACCUAACUAUAUCUCCUGACCCCUGUAAAUGACUUAUUUAAGUUAGAUUACGACGUAAUUCUAACCUUUAUGUGUGAGUG